AUGGUAUUCUCCCUCAGCGCCGGGUCGGGUCCAACGUUGCGCUGGCUGCCGUCCCGCAUCCUUAACGCAAGCUUGGCUCGCCUUCUACGGCGGCCGCUGCCUGUGUCGCGCUGCUUGCAUUGUGCCUUGGUAUGCGGCACAGGUAUCACAGUCGCCCGUCCUUACCGUCAAGUUUUCGGACUAGACAGAAGUCCAAGAUUGCGUCCGGGCGUUUGUUUGGCCAAAGCAGCGAGUAGUCCUAAGAGGAUGCGAGACCACCCAGCCAGGGAGAGGUUCGACCAACGCAGGUUCCACGCCUGUGCCAUCGGACGUCCGACCACUCCUGCAUGGCGUGCCUUGCUUCGUCCCUCUAGCGCGUCCAAAACUGGCAUGGGGUCUUAACGGUCCUGGUUAGACAGAAGACUCCAUUCUGUUGAUUAUGCUGCCUUUUUUGUUGUGGUGUCGACGAACAUCUCCUGGCUGACUGAGUGCCGCUCCCUUGGACUGCCGAAGACUGCAUUUCAGCAAAACCGUCAACCAAGCAGACACACUGCGGAGGGAAGGAAUCUGGGUGUAGCGGGUAGAAGGAGUCCAAUCGCAUUUCAGCGAGCUAUCGAAAUGAUGACGCUUCUUUCUUUGCACCCAGGGCGCCCUUUCCUCAAGCAAAUCUCACUUCCACAACCCAUUAGUGGGAGGGGUGCGUAUAAUCUGCUGUAAGUUGACCACGAUCCACUCUUAGUGGUAUGCCAGAUAACAUGUUUGAC